GAAGGUGAUGGAGGUCCAAAGAAUGGCAUCUCUGUGGUCCCUGGGCAUACUCCUCGCUGGAUUGUUCCUGUUUCAGACUGAUGGAGUUCAUGCAGUUGAUGAGGAGCCCCUGGGCAGUCCAUUCGUAGAAAGAGCUGUACAUGAAGCCAUUGAACUCGUGGACAAAGCGUAUAAGGAGACCAGAGCUAACCAAAAAGAGCGGCUGAGCAAAAGAUCCUUGAGUCCCGGUGACCUCCUCCGUUUCUUCAAGCACCCAAUGGCAGAGACUAGGAUUGCAGUGCGGUCUGCAGAGUACAUGGAAAAUACACUGCGCCUCAUCCAACACCGAGUCCAUCGAGUUCACAAACGCUCACUGAAUGCAUCAGAUUUGUUAACAGCGAAUGACCUGGACACCAUUGCACAAGUCACAGGCUGUCUAGCCAUACGUCAGCCCCCAGCCUGUAAAAGUGACUGUUUUUCAAACCGAUACAGGACCUUCACUUCUGUGUGCAACAACAGGGGGAUGCCUCGCCUGGGAGCGUCUAACACAGCACUCGCCCGAUGGCUCCCUGCUCGCUAUGAGGAUGGCAUUUCACUUCCACUGGGCUGGACUUCAAAUAAAAGACUAUCACGAUACACUCUGCCACUGGUUCGCGAGGUGUCCAACAAAAUCCUGAGAACACCCAAUGAAAAUGUGGUCUCAGAUACAGAAACAAGUCAUUUGUUUAUGCAGUGGGGUCAGUGGAUUGAUCACGACAUGAGUUUAAGUCCUGUAUCUGGCAGCCUCCAAACCUUCAAUGAUGGCAUCGAUUGUGAAAGAACAUGCGUUCAGAGAAACCCCUGUUUCCCAAUAAGGAUACCUCCAAGAGACACCAGGAUCAAGGAUAGGAACACCUGCUUGCCUUUCUUCCGAUCGGCUCCUGCAUGUGGAACUGGUGAACUGGGCUCAUUGUUUGGAGACUUUAACACUCGUCAGCAGAUCAAUGCCCUGACCUCUUUCCUUGAUGUUAAUGAAGUCUAUGGCAGUACAGAGUGUCUGGCCAACAAACUCAGGAACCUCACCAAUGAGCUUGGCCUGUUGGCUGUCAAUAAGGAAUACUCUGAUAAUGGAUUGGAAUAUUUACCAUUUAGCACCAUUUCAAGCAACCUUUGUGGAGGCAUGGGGGAAGGCUGUUUCUCCGGUCAAAAUUCAACUCCAUGUUUUAUUGGUGGUGAUGUACGUGUGAACGAGCAGCUGGGGGUAUUAACAUUCCAUACAGUAUUUCUACGGGAACACAAUCGCUUAGCGAGAGAGCUGAAGAGGCUGAACCCUCACUGGAGUGGAGAUACAACCUACCUUGAAGCAAGAAAAAUCCUGGGAGCUUUUCAACAGAUAAUAAACCACAGAGACUAUGUUCCGCUGGUAAUUGGGAACAAGGCAACGGCGAAAUUUCUCCCAGCUUAUGAAGGAUACAAUGAAUCUGUAGAUCCCAGUAUUGCCAAUGUUUUCUCAACAGCAGCUUUCCGGUUCGGGCACCUCAGCAUUCAACCAAAGCUGUCCCGCCUUGGUGAAAACUACCAGGAACACCCUGAAUUCAAAAACCUUGACCUGCACCUGGCUUUCUUCACUCCCUGGAGACUGAUCAGGGAAGGUGGAGUCGAUCCCCUCAUGCGAGGACUGUUGGGCAAACCCUCCAAACUUCAGACACAGGACAAGAUGUUGGUAGACGAGUUGCGGGAGAGGCUGUUUGAAUUGACCACUCAUUUAGCCAUGGAUCUAGGUGCUUUGAAUUUACAGCGUUCCCGGGAUCACGGACUCCCAGGUUACAAUGCUUGGCGGAAAUUCUGUGGCCUUUCACAACCCAAGACUUAUUAUCAGUUUGCUAAAGUCCUCAAAAAUCCGACAUUGGCAAAGAAACUCAUUAACUUGUAUGGAACACCAGACAACAUCGAUGUGUGGAUGGGAGGAAUCUCCGAACCAUUUGUGGAAGGUGGCAGGGUGGGCCCUUUGUUGUCCUGUUUAAUAGGACAGCAAUUCAAGAACCUGAGAAAUGGAGACAGACACUGGUGGGAAAAUAGAGGAGUUUUUACUCCUGGCCAACGUCAGGCUCUUACUCAAAUCUCCAUGUCCAGGAUAAUCUGUGAUAACACCAGGAUUCAAUUUCUUCCUCGGGAUGCCUUUACGUUCCAAAAAUUCCCACGAGGAUAUGUAAACUGCGGCCAGAUACCACAGGUAGACCUGAGUGCCUGGAAGGAGGAUGUACAAGUGACCCCCUGUGGCUUCGUCCCUGUUGUGGACAACAGCCAUUUCUCGAUCUGCAAAUCCUCAGUCAGGUACACCUGUGAGUCCGGAUUCAAGCUGGUGGGAGGGGAUACACUAACUUGUCUGAGUAACGGACGGUGGGACAUCGCACCACCUGGCUGUAAAGAACCCCAGCCUAUUGGAUACCAAAAUCACACUCCGCUACCAAGACCUGAAGGAGCUACUGAACCAAGAAGACCUGAAGAAGAUAGUGCCCAACCUACACUAAUAUAUCAAAAUGAUCUGAAAAAGUCAGCCUUCUCUAUACAACUUAAAGUAACAAAUCUGAAACUAAAUAAACCAAUUCCAUGUGCAAAGGAGAUCUACAAUGGGCAGGAAGACUAUAAAUGUCAGACAGGAGUAUUCACUUGUAAGAUACCUGGGGUAUAUACAUUUUCAUAUCACUGUGCAGGAAGCAAAAUUUUAACUGUUAUCCUUAAAAAAAAUGGUGCUAAGGUGAUCAUCUCCGAUGUGUAUAUAAUAUAUGGCAGAGAUGUUUUCUCAGGAAGCACCAUCCUUCAGCUAAAUUCUGGUGAUCAAGUUUGGCUAGAGGUUCAGAGAGGUACCUUAAACACUUACAGUUAUUUUCUGGGCCACUUACUUUUUACAGUUUAAUCAUUUUCCAUUUUCUACACAGAAAUAAAGAUCUUUACCAGUAAAUCUGCCCCUGGGUUAAAACCUGACCUGGGAAAUCAGGAGCCAUUUCUGGAAUCUUGACAUCACAAAAGCUGCUUUUCGUGGUCAUAGCUGAUAUGUAGAACAAACCCACUCAGUGCAGAGGUCUGAUCUCGUGACCUUUCUUAGUUUCUAACUCCUCUCCACAAAUAUUACACUAGGGGCAUGUGGGAUGAUUCAUCCAAAGAGCUUUUUGUAAAUUGCCACUAGAUUUGUGUCUUACAUUUCCACAAUUUUCAUUUCUAACUGAGAUACACUUUCGGACAUGAAUUUGGAACAAUUUCUACACCACACAGCAAACAUCAUUGCCCAAUUCAAUCUCUGAGCAUUUUGUAUUCUGAUUUGUUUCAUUUCCCUCCAUUACUUGUCCCCAUUGAAUGAAUGUUAAAGGAAUAAUCCACAAUCGUGCCUCAGGCAAGUCACUUAUCAGCUUUCUCCAACUCAAACUAAACAAAUCUUUACAGGUUAAGCAAAAGGGCCCCCAAUAGCUGGUUCCAUUAAAACACUAACUUGCCCAUUGAAGCCCAUCCUUUUAAUAUAGUAACUGCCCCACCAUUGCCCAUCAUUUUAAUAUUUUAUAAGAGUAAAAAACUGCAGAUGCUGGAAAUCCAAAACAAAAACAAAAAUACCUGCAGAAACUCAGCAGGUCUGGCAGCAUCUGCGGAGAGGAACACAGUUAACGUUUCGAGUUCGAAUGACCCUUCAACAGAACUAAGUAAAAAUAGAAGAGAGGUGAAAUAUAAGCUGAUUUAAGGGUGGUGAUAAUAUUUUAAUAUUUUAGCUUUUCCAUUGAAACCCAUCCCACUAACACUGUCAUUCUCCCAUUAUACUGCCGAGCAGCAUAUUGAAUGCUCCCAAUUUAGUCCUGUUACACUGUCUGGGAAAUGGUUUCUAACAAUAUAUUUUAGUGAAGAAAUUAUUUCUAAUGUUUCUGAAAAUGAUUUCUCAAUAGCUAAAUGCACUGCUUUUCCUAUUUAAAAUUGAUCAACAACAUCUGAUUUAUCUUAUCUAUAAGAUUUAAAAUGUGAUAUUUCUCAGUGAGACUUCCCACAAUCACUCUCUCUCUUUAGAGUUCUUUCUGAGGUUUUCUCGCAACUCAUUCACUUUUCACAUGCUCUGAUUGCCUGAUUUUUUUACUUGUCCCAGGAGGUAAGAGGCAGAGAGAGUUGGCACGAGGAUGAAAUCAUACAAGGCUCAAGGAGAGUACACAUAAGCCUGAGGGCCUUUUCACAUCCUCAAUAUAUAAACACUGGGAUUAAUUAUUUGUGUCUCUCUGCACCCUAUCUAAUGCAUUAGUUUUUGAAGUUCAGGGACCUGAAUUGAGCACAAUAUUCCAUGUACAGUCUGACCAGUGCAUUGUCGAGCCACCACAUAACCUCCUAAUUCUCUAUCUGAUGCUCUAGUUCAAUAUUCCAACAUUGUGUUCUUUUACCAAAUAUUUCACUACAUAGAGCAGACAAGAAGUCAUUGGUUGACUAUCCUUCCCAGUUCCCUUUCUCAAGCCACCUCUGCCAAUUGAGUCGCAUUCACUGCAGAUUUAUUCAUCAUGCAAACUUUGUCACAGUUAAAUCUCAAUAACCAAUUGUAUCCCAAUUGAUUCACCAAUUCUCUUAAAUUUUUGGCACAUUGUCUCUUUCUCAACUGUUCUCCCCCUCCUUUAAUCUUGACCCAAUAGCUCUCACCUGGACCAAACCAUAGACCUUUGACAAAUUGAUACAAAUCUGUUUAAUCUCUUCAAAUCUGGUUACUUGACGAUGAGGAAAUGUGAAGUAAUGCUCUUGAGAGUGCAAUUCUACAGACAAGUUAACGGGGCAGUAAGCUUUUCAUAAAAAUAUAUAUAUAUAUAUAAAAACAAAUGACUUACAUCCACCCUGUACAGGAAUUGUUGCAUUCCUGGUGUGGUGAAUACUGCCAAUUACAAACUGCACUCUGAUCAUCAGUUUCAAAAUAGAAUAUAUUUCAUUGAUCCGUAGUAGAUAAUGAUAACCAUCGUACAGCCUUCAGAAUAUCUGAACUGUGAUCAUGUGCAGAGACUUGCAUGAGAUUGAAUACCUAAUAUUCACUUAAGGACACAGAGGUUGGUCAUUGUAACUGCUAUAAUCAGACUCUGCGUAAACACUGGCAUCCAGCUUCAAUCAUACGCUGUCGGUAACCAAACAUUGAGAGCAGGGAAUAAAUCUGAUGGGUUUAUACCUCAGAUGCUAUUUAAUAUUAGAAAGAUAAAGAUUCUCAUUUGAGUUCAUUACUUUCAUGGAUCUUUUCACCUGAUCUAAUUUAUUAUUGUCCAUUUUAUGUCAGUUCUGCUGUGACCUGUUAUCGAACCAGCUUCACAGCAGAUGCUUUGUCAGGUUGACUCCCUGUGACAGAUUUUGGCUGAAAACUAUCCUCAUGCCCACCUAAAGACUAUAUUUAUUGGAAAUACAAAGGUAAGAUUUACAAUGUGAUAAAUAACCAAUCAUCAGAUUAACAAUGAGUUUAUAAUGCAGACCAAUGGCUGCAGCUCCAGCCCCCUCACUCUCUAUGUCCCCACUGAUAGUUCCUCCCCCUCACACUGUGUGAACCAUUGGCUGUAGAUUGUUACUGGUUUCUUAGAGGCAGAUCCUUCACUAACUCUGAUGGUUGAUCCUUUUUCUCCAUAUGCACAUGAUUUGUAACACUUGUUCGUACAUUAAUGAUUGGGCCCAUUUAUUAAUUUGGGUAUAAAUCUGCAUGGGUUAGAAAAUGAGUCUCAUUCAUAUUCUGAAUGAUUGUGAUGAAUCAGGUUGGAAUACAGUGGCUGGUCAUCAGUCCAAGGCAGCUUGGUAGAAUUGUCCUUUCAAUAUGUUUAUUUCUGUGAAAGCUCAAUUGUAUGAAAAUUAAAAUCUUGAUUAUAUAAAAUAUACAAUAAAGUCACAUGAACUCUG